GCACCACCCCGCUGUCCCUCAGCUCGUUUACUGAGAGUGAGGUGUGCACGAGUGAUCCAUCGCAGCCGCGCUCGAUUAACACUGCCUGCCUGCCUGCCUGCUUUAGAGAUCAGCUUUACUGCGGCUGCCUGCCUGCGAGCUCAGAAACACGGCAGCUGCUUUAAUACGCGUCUUUACCGGGACUCAGGACCUGGACGAGGGAAGAGAACGCACAAGAACCGCAAGCGAUCAGCCCGGAGAGGCGGGUCGGUACCGGGUCGGUACUCCAGGAUGGCUUCAGGGGAGCUUUACGAGGUGGAACGAAUUGUGGACAAGCGGAAAAACAAAAAGGGCAAGUGGGAAUAUCUGAUCCGAUGGAAAGGCUACGGGAGGAAAGAGGACACGUGGGAACCUGAGCAUCACCUGCUGCACUGUGAGGAGUUCAUCGACCAGUUCAACAACCUUCGCCUGCAAGAUCGGCGCUCCAAAUCCACCAAAUCCAGCACCAGGGUGCGGGACACUUCCAGAUCCCAAGGAGAAACACGGAAAAAGAAAAGGACUAGCGGAGGAGGAGGAGGACGAGGGGGAGCAGCACUGGGACCAGGCGUCCCACAUAGACCAAGGAAAAUGAGUGCAGGGAAAGUGUCUGGGGAUAAACUGAGCAAACCGGUGAUUUAUAAACGAGUGAACGCAGGGCUGCAGUUUGUUCCUCCGAUCAGACGUCCGACAAAUGGAAUUCAGAACGGAGAAAUGGAUGGCGUGCAUUACAGGACCACUGGCAGGACCCCGGGGGUCUCGAGCGGCCGGGCAGAGAGGAUGAUGGGAGAGGUGGAGAUAUGUGGAGCUGCUGUACCACACAGAGAUGAUUUCGGUUCACCGCUCCCGAACGGAGACACGCAUUUACACAGUUCAGCCAAGAGGAAGCUUGCCGAGGACAAAGGCUACGUUUUCGACAAGAGGCUGAGGUACAACGUCCGGCAGAGCGAGGCAAACUACAGAUUCAGGGACAUCAUAGUGAGGAAGGAAGAAGGUUUUACACACGUCCUGCUGUCCAGCCAAACAUCUGACAACAAUGCACUAACACCAGAGAUCAUGAAGGAGGUGUGUCGAGCUCUGGGUACAGCGGCGAUGGACGACAGUAAGCUUCUGUUGCUCAGUGCAGUAGGCAGCAUCUUCUGCAGCGGCCUGGAUGCUUCGUACCUGAUCGGCCGCCUCUCCACCGACCGCAGGAAAGAGAGCAGCAGAAUUUCUGAGGCAGUGAGGGAUUUUGUAAAAGCCUUCAUCCACUUUAAGAAGCCCAUCGUAGUGGCCAUCAACGGUCCCGCUCUGGGUUUGGGCGCAUCGAUCCUUCCCCUGUGUGACAUUGUGUGGGCCAGCGAGCGGGCUUGGUUCCAAACUCCAUGCGCUGCACUGCGCCUUACGCCCUCCGGCUGCUCCUCAUACACUUUCCCUCAGAUCCUGGGAGUGGCUCUGGCCAAUGAGAUGCUGUUCUGUGGGAGGAAGCUGACAGCACAGGAGGCGUGUAGCCGAGGUUUGGUCUCGCAAGUCUUCUGGCCGACCACCUUUAACCAGGAAGUCCUGCUGCGGGUGAAGGAAAUGGCGACCUGCAGCGCCAUGGUACUGGAGGAGUCAAAGGGUAUGGUGCGCAGCAUCCUGAAGUCCAUUCUGGAGGAGGUGAACGAAAAGGAGUGCCAGAUGCUCAAACAGCUGUGGUGCUCCACCAAGGGCCUGGAGGCACUUUUUACCUACUUACAGAGUAAAGGUUACAACGCCUAAACAUCUCGCAAUGUCAGUGUGACCGCAGCACUAACGCUGCAAACCAACCCCCCGCCCGCCCAAAGCCCCCACCAUCUGCAGACUCGCCCACCCGGAGCACACCAUGAUGUCAUGUAAUUUGUAUGAAGUCAAUAUAAGCCAAGAAAUCAUGUCCAUGCUUAUUAAUAGAAUACUAAUUAUUUAUAAUCCUGACUGUAUCAGAAAGGGUUCAGGUUUUUUUCCCCCCAGGAUGCUUCCAGACCAGCAUUCAAAACACUGCUAAUUCAGUCAUUUUACGAAAUGCCUUUAAUGUUGUCGUUCUUUAUUUAUUCAGAAAAGCCAUUUUGCAUACAGGAGCAAACAAGGAAUUCAAUAAUCCUGUGUAGAUGUACAGUGUAGAUAAUUGUGGCUGUAUUAUUUAAUUUAUUAUCACUCUUCUUGUCGAAUGGGGUGAAUUUUCAUACCAAAGGUUCUUGGGAAAUAAAAAAUUAAAAUAAUUACUAUUAUUCUUUAUAAAAAAUAAAAAGAAAGAAAAAAAACCUUUAAACGCAUUCAUGUCCUACAGCAUCGUCAUGGAGAAGUGCAGUAGUUUGUGAUGAAGUGUAAAUGAACUGAAGUUCUCGAUGUUUUCUUGUCUCCUUUUAAUAGACCAAUUACUUAUACAUCUGACCACCUGUAUGGACACCUGACCAUAACAUUUCUGUGUGCUUUUUGAACAUCUCAUUCCACAUUUAGUUCUCAUUGGCUGUUAUAGUAAACUCCACUCUUCUGGGAAGAUGUUCCACUAGAUUUUGUGGAGAUUGACAGAUAUUCAAUCAGCUACAUGGUGUUAGUAAGCUAGAGCUCUAUUACAGGUCAUUAAAGAUCUUCCACUCCAACCCAUGUCAACCAUAUCUUCAUGGGGAGAUCAUUCACAGAUAUCUUCUGCAUUGUUCAUCCCUGAUCCAUGAGUCUAUGCAAAUCCAAUAACAAUUUAUUUUUUUGUUUAGGUUUUGUUGUAUUUUCAUUUAUUUAUUCCGAUCGCAGAUCAACUUUCUGUAGUUUGAAGUUGAAAAUUAGGUGACAUUUUACGAUGACGUACGUGCAUCAACGUAAAACCAAGUCGCGGCAAAAAUCAACGACUCGUAUUUCACGUACUUCCAAAAAGCACACGAUCGGAUUGAUUUUCCGAUUUAAUACAUACAGCCACGCCUCUGAGUAAUGUGAAGGGCUGUGAUUGGACAGCGUUUGCAUUUCAGUGUAAAACGACUGCGAUGUAGUAGUAAGUGAACACUUUACUUCAUAUUCAUUAUAAAGCAGGUAUAGAUGUGUAUUUACUUACUUUUUCAAGCGGAAUUGUACAUGUACUGUAGUGUCAACUCAACAAAAUAAUGUGAACUACUCGUCAUAAAGGUUUUAUUUACUACUUUAAAUAAAUAAUACAAUAAUAAAAUAGUUUUUCAAUUACAUUUUUUAUGUAAUUUACGUGAAUUUAGGUGAAAUAUCAACAUUUUCGCGAGUUAUUCUCAGUCUGGGUCCAAAUGAAAAGUCAUGAACUAUCAAGGUCAUGAGUGUCAAGGUCACGAGUAUCGACGUUCUGCUGUUUAUAUAUAUACAGCAGGGAAAAUAAGUAUUUGACACAUCAGCAUUUUUAUCAGUAAGAGGAUUUCUAAGUGGGCUAUUGACAAA